AUGUCGGUGGUGAUGUUUGCAUACCGCAAGAUCAAAGAGUACAGUUCACACCAGGAUCUCAACAGUUCCGGCAGCGCUUUGUGGGAAGGACGAGGCCUUUCCAUCAACCUAGAGAGAUGGCUCUGCCCUUUGGCCCUCCUCCCUGCAUACAUUGUCUCCAGUUUGGAGUUGACCAUCGUUGCGUCAGCGCUGCCCGAGAUUUCAACAUACUUUGAUAGGUUCGAUCAACUCAACUGGCUCGUCACCGCUUUUACUCUGACAUCUACCUCAUUCAUUCCGGCAUUUGGGCAGUUAGCUGAUACAUUUGGUCGCCACCCGGCCCUACAAUUCGCUGUUCUACUUUCACUGAUCGGUAGCGUGCUAUGCGCAGUUGCGCCGUCAUGGCCUGUGCUCCUGCUGGGACGGUCGCUGCAAGGAAUCGGAGUUGCUGGCAUAGAAAACAUCACUCUGAUUAUUCUGGCAGAGCAAGGCUCUCUGGAAGAGCAAGCAAGUAAUUUGAGCAUGUUUCAACUGUUGAAUGGGCUGGGCUAUAGUAUCGGGCCCAUGAUAGGGGGUCGACUCGCCAAAGCAAAUUGGCGAUUCUGCUUCGUCCUUUGA